AUGCUGGACUCUUGCAGCAACAAAGAGCUGGAUUUGGCCUACAUGCCGUAUCACGAAGGUCUUGUGAACCACAAGGCGCCGCCUGUGCGUGGCAGCCUCUCGGUACGCUUGUCCCACCAGCAGCAGCACGUGCAGCAGUCUUCGCACUUUGGCGACAGUGAUGAUGACGACGUGUCGGAUGAUCCGGCGUGGAUGAAUGCGCCUCGCGGCAGUUUACAGCCCGCCUUUUCUUUUAGUCUCAUGAAGAAGGCGUCUGCUUUGUCUGCCACAGUCUCGCAGACUUCCAGCUGCGUAUCAGACUGCAGUGCUGGAGGAGAAGAGGAGACACGCAAGGACAAGAAGGAUGACAACAAAGACAACAAUGAGUUUUCGUACACGAUGCCGACAAGGCCGUCUGAGGCUUCUUUAUGGGAAAAGAAAAACUCGAAAGGUGAACGUGAUAGCAUGAACAAUGUGAAUGAUAAGUUGAUUAGUGAUCUGAAGCCUCACAAGUGCGUGACUCUUUCUCCUACGAACCAAGCUCCAGCUAAAUUCACGACCUCGAACAGGGUGCUGAACCUCAAUGCGUCUAAGAUCUCGUGCGGCAUUUCGGAAAUGGAAACGCUGUCGGUGGAACAGGAGAAGUCGGAUCCGCCUACUCAAGGCUUGACGUCACCGGUCAGCGCUGCAGCUGUUGAAGGCAACAAUGGCUACCGUGACAGCACGAUGCGCGAUCGUCCUACCGACCUUAAGCAGCGAGACUUCAUGACGGCCAUGAUGUCGCGUGACAGCUUGGCGCCUGAGAAUUUCGGAAGCAGUACGGGCCUGCGUGCCAGCAGUCGUAGCAGCAACAUGGCAAUUAGCAACGGCCAUCGGAGCAGCAAUGUGCUCGACGGCGGUCGCAGCCUGGAACCGUUUGGUAGUAGCCGCGGCUCGGUGAUGCACUUUGGCCCGCGUGUGACGGAGGAGGGUCUUUCCAAUUAUCUUCGGGCGGUGAAGUCUGGCAACCUGCACUUGCUACGCAUAUGCUUGGAAGACAGAAACACGAACUUCACCGAGCGAGAUCCGAUACACGGCCAGUCGGCGAUGCACAUUGCUGUGCGCUUCGGUCAGCUGCACGCUGUACAAUUAUUGUGCGGAAAAAAGACGCGCGGUCUGCUGAUCGAUGCCGUGGAUAAAAGAAGAAACACCCCAUUGCACCUCGCGUCGGCCAAAUCGCGCCGAAUCACCAAGUACUUAUUAGAGCACGGCGCUGACGCCUCACGCGUGAACAAUCGCAACCAGACACCACUGGCAGUGCACAUUCUCACGACAAAGCGUGAUGACCCGCUGAUUGCAGAGAUGCUGUUGCAGCACAAGACGGAUCCCAACGGUCCGGUAGGUAACAGCACGCUGCUACACAAGGCAGUGGAUUUAAAGUUUUACGAGAUUGCCUACCGUCUGGUGUACCACGGUGCUCGCCUAGACGUGAAGGACCCUCAGGGGAAGAUGGUCUUUGACAAGGUUGACCAAAAAUUGCUCCGUCAACUCUGCGCUAAAAUCGUGUACCCGCCAGUGUGGGUUUCCAACACGGAACGCAAAAGCUGCAUGAGCUGCCUGCGAAACUUUGGCCCCCUUGGUUUGGGUGUCCGUCGUCACCACUGCCGUCACUGCGGUCGUCUUGUCUGUGGACGUUGCUCGCAUGUGUCUGUCGAGAGCGAGGCGUUCCCGACUGCAUUCAUCGGGCAAAUUGACCGCAAUCCAUCGGACGAGCGCUCAAACCUCAAGCGUGUGUGCAAGACAUGCAGCAGUGUGUUCGAUGAGCGUGCUAAGCAGGCGAAGGAGAGUUCUCCAGGCGGCAGCGUGAAGUGGUCAAAAGCCUUUAUGGACAGGGUCGUAGGCUUCGCGUGGGAUGAUAUUGAGAAGAAGGACGACACCAGAAAUUUCGGGUCCUCGCGAAACAGGUCCCUCGCAACAUAG